AUGCCACCACGAAGGGAUCCUGGGGAAAGUUCUAGUUCCAAUCCUGUGGAAAGGGAUCGGGAGCAAGUUGAGGAAGAUAUCUUAUUGCGUGAUUUGGUCCCACCAAGAGAAGGACAAGCGAGGGGGACCGUUGACCCACCUUUUCAGAUAAAUAGGGAGCAGUUGAGGUUAGCCAUUCAGGCGGUUAUUUUUGAUGCAUAUCGACUGACAGGUGCGUCAUCGUCACAGUUUGUGCCACCAUCGGCACCAUCACCACCACCUCCAAAGAAAAAUGAGUUAGAUGAUACUCUUUACCACAUUACUAAGUUUGUGAAGUUGAUGCCAACUCUGUUUGAGGGCGGUCCAAAUCCGCUUGUUGCGGAUAGUUUCAUGGAUAGGGUGGAGAAGCAUAUUAAUGCCAUGAAUUUGGCAACGGACAAGUUGAAAAUUACAUUGGCUACUUACAAUUUUGUGGGCGAUGCUGAGAUUUGGUGGAAGACCGUUUCUCACACCCAUAAUCUGGAUACUAUGACAUAUGAUACUUUCAAGAAGUUGUACCAUGAGAAGUACUUUCCGGCGCCUAAGCGGAGGGAACUAAAGAAGGAGUUUGAUGGGUUGAAGCAAGGAAGCAUGACAGUUAUAGAGUAUAAGAAUAAGUUUACAUUGCUUUUGAGGUUUACACCGGGGAUUACUAAGGAUGAGGAAGGAAAGAUAGAGAAGUUUGUGAACGGUCUUAAUUUCAUCAUCAGGCCAAUUGUAGCUGCCUCAGAACCGUCAGAGUACGCAAAAACAGUACGAAAGGCCUUAGUAGUUGAGGCUGAAAGCAGGGACAAUAAGGCUAUCAGGGAAUCCUACAAGCACAAUAUAGGUUUGAGUACUUUCUCCGAGGGUCAAUCAAGUAAGAAGCAGAAGGAUGAGCAAUCAGGGUUCAGAGGACAACAGCCAGUCAGAUCCGCACCCACAACUUCAGUGUCCAUGGGGUCUUCUACACCAAAUGUUACUUGUUUUAGAUGCGGACAGCUGGGACAUUACAAGUCCCAAUGCACUCAGGCUCAGUUAACUCAAGUGAUUUGUUUCAAGUGUGAGCAGUCCGGGCAUCACAAGUCCCAGUGUACUCAGAUUCAGGUGUCGUCUAGUGGAUGUUUUGGGUGUGGCCAGCAGGGCCAUAGGGUGAAAGAUUGUCCACAUCGGGGCAGUGGUUUGGGCAGAGGUGGAGGUUCACAGCAGAGGCAGAUGCAGUCUGCCAUAGUUCAGUCAGGGUUUCGACCGCCACCACCACCUCAGCCGUCUCAGCCAGCUGUGUUAGCCCAGAGUUCUCGACCUGGUAGGGGAGCUUCUUCGAGUGCACCCACUCAGCAGUCUGUCACUCUUGGUAGAGUUUGUAGGAGUUGUUCCAUCACGAUUGUCGGACGUGUUCUUGAGUUUGAUCUCAUCCUUCUCGAGAUGAUAGGAUUUGACAUCAUUCUUGGGAUGGACUGGUUGUCAUCAUUCAGAGUUGUCAUUGAUUGCUUUAGGGGCAGAGUUUCAGUGUGUACCCCAGAUGGGGAUUGUUUCUGUUUUGUGGGAGAUCGGUGUGAUCCUCUCACUCCUUCAUUCUAUGGUGCUAAGGGUCGGGAUCGGCAGACAUUCUUCUUGGCUAGUCUGUUCGCCGAUGAUGAUGUGGAGUUUUGUGGGGUUGAUUAUCCCGAAGUUGUAUGCGAUUUUCUGGAUGUGUUUCCAGAGGACUUGACUGAGUUGCCUCCACAUAAGGCUGCAAAUGAACCGAGCUGUUCAUGA